AGCAAACACAGAACUACAGCAGCGACCACAGCACUACACAAGAAAAUGUCUGCUGAGGUCUUCCUUGCAGGUCAACCAGGUGGAAAUAAUGCAAGUGUACAAGGCACCACAGUGGGGGGACACAAACCUUUACACCGCUUCCUUAAAGGGCAACCCAAGAUUAUUGGCAUCGUCAAGCUGAUCAUGGGCUCAUCUUUGUUCAUCGUUAACAUUGCAGUCUCACCAGACAGCCAUUCAUUCGUUCAGUCAGCCAUGGCUUCUGGCUUCUUGGUCGGAAUACUGUUCAUCAUAUGUGGGAUUCUGUAUAUUGUGACGGAGCACAACCCAACCAAGAAAACAGUUACCAUAUCAAUGGCUCUGAGUAUCGUGACCAUACUGGCAGCAUGUUGGACUGUGAUGCACAUAGUUCCAUCAAUAAUUUAUCACCUGGUCUACUCGAGAGAUUAUGCUGAAGACUAUUUUGGACCGACUGAUGAGCCACCUGUUUCAUUUUAUGAGGCUAUACGGUCUGCUGAACUGGUCUUCCUCUUAUACACUGUUGUGGGUGGAAUUAUUGCAAUUUUAAUGACAUUUCUGGCUGGGGCUGCCCUGCGUUCCUCAAACAGCCAGGCCAUUGUAGUGAUGACUACUACUGCAGCUGAAACACCAGUUGAAUAACGAGCACAAGAGGAUGGGCAGUAAAUGAGCAGAGAGAAGAAAUAUGAAGCGUACAAAGUCAAGUAUUUCUCUUUGUGGGAACAACAAGAUAUGUAAUUCCAAAGUUCUGACCACUUCUUAACAGUAUUUAUUGGUUGUUGUAUACAACACAAUACAGGUGAUUUUUAUUUAAUUAUAUGUAUUGCCUUGUGGUGUUUCUGUGAUCUGUUACUACUGACGGCAUUGAACUUUCCCCACUGUGUAUGCAAAAACAGUUACUUAUUCUGCAGUCUGGCACAUCGUGUUUACACUAGUACACCAAAGGACAAAGGUCUGGUUGAAUCCUGUGUGUGUGGUACAGUGUUUUGAUAAGGUACCCUGUAGAGAAAGCUUAUUGUAACUAAUUUGUAAAUGGUUUAUAAACCAUUGCUACAAUUUUCUUUUUUUUUUAAUUGCUCUAAUUUUCAUUAAGUUUAGUACACACAAUGCUCCCAUCAUUUUGGAUAUGGUUCACAUUUACUAUCAUGGGACCGCCCAAGUUGGCCAUUUUGAAUUUUGAGCAGUUUUUAUGUUUUUUAAUGCAACUUUUUUCAAGCUCCUUCUAGGAUGCUUUUAUUGGCUUGAAAUGUGGGUGGUAUAAACCUCUGACAAAUGUCACUUAAAAUUGCUCAGAAACUGUCAAUACCUCAAGUGAUGAUGUCAUCGAAUAACCAGUCUGGUUUCCCCUCAAAAAAGUCAAUAUAGGGUGUUUGUACAGGAACCAGAAGUGAUUGACAGCGAUGCAGUGUGAAAAUGGUGGAUGCCACACUCAGGGCCAUGGCUCGCGUUUUGUUAAUCACAUUUUUUUUCACGUAGCAUACUUUUUUCUAUGUAACUUCUGUUUUAUAUGAAACUUACGGUAGUCACAUCACCUUCAUACCUCACUUCCAGCAUUUAUGUACAUUUGUUUACUGUUUAAACUGUAUUUUAUAACACCUAACCAAGAAGUGUUUUUGCCCUAAACCUAGGUCAGUGGUUUUUAGCAUAAAUUCACCGAAACUGCAGUCUUUUUUUUACACCUGCGAACCGUACGUGUAUGUAUAAGGACGUGUUCUUUUGACAAACGAUCAUAUGUGUUGUUAUGGGUGCUAUUGAAAAACGGUCUGUUCUGUCAUUUUGGUUGGAGAUCUUGUUGCAAAAGACCCAUCUCAAACUUGAUCAAUGGAAUCUCAAGACCCAGAAAGUUGUUAUAACUUGACUUUAAAUUCUCCAAUCUGCCUCACAUUGCACAUGCUUAAUCAAAGGUCCAGGCCUGAAAACAUCUACAGUCCCAUAUUGAGUGAAAGUCAUAGGACCACCUAAUGACAACAGGACUUUAGCCUUAUGUGACAAAUAUUAUCCAACUUUACAUGGCAUGGUCUACACACGAUAUACAGCAACCUGAUGUAUAAUUAGAGUGUGUGCCCAAUGCUAGUGUCAUAUAAUGAUGUGAAGAAGCCAUAUUUAACUGUCUAAUGCAAUGUCUAAUAUUGAAAAUUCAGAAUCAGCCAAUGUCAUAUAACACCAACAAUGGCUGCCACCUCCCCCUGAAUCGGGAGUAUGAGGAGCUGAUCUCCACUGCUUGCAGCCUAAAUGUGCUUUGUCUUUUUAAUUUAUGAAUAAUAACCACUCUACCUUACCUAGCUUGGUUACAGACCUCCGAAUCACUGUCUGAUAUAUUUUUAAUUCUAAUAUUGUCUAACAUUGUCAUUUGUAAAUUGUUUUUGUGUUAAUUUUUUAAAUAAAAGUCACUUAAGCAUUAA